CCACCGCCGUCCGGCAGGUGGCGGUCACGCACCACGUGCUGCUUGACUCAUCGGCAAUAUAGAAGAAAAAGACAAAGAAGGAAGUGUCAACACUUUUUAUAAACAUGUUCUUCACGCCGAGUUCAAGGACUAAGUUUGGAAAUACCUUGAAUAAAGGUGGUGUGUUCCUGGAGGCGCCAUGCUGGUAAUGAGCAGUCCUUCCUGUCCUCACCUGUCACCUGCAGCGUGUGGCAAGUCUCUCCAAUCCCGACUGGAAGCAAGACCCUGAAGGCAUCCAGAGGCGUGCCAAUAUGCCACAGCCCAGAAUCAAGCUGGUGGUGACAGGAGAUGACUUCGGUUACUGUCCCCAGAGGAACCAGGGCAUCGUGGACUGCUUCCUGGCAGGGAGCGUCUCCACCGUGUCCCUGCUGGUCAAUGCCUGUGCUGCCAAGCAUGCCUCCGAUUUGGCCAAAAGACACAGCAUCCCAGUCGGUCUCCAUGCCAACCUGACGGAGGGCAUCCCGGUGUGCGCCACUCUAAGGAGGACCUCCACCCUCACCAACCAGUGCGGCUUCUUCCACGGCAAAAUGGGCUUCCGCCAGGCCCUGCAGAAACAGCAGCUCAGCAUGGAACAGGUAAAGCAGGAGUUGCGAGCGCAGGUGAGGCUGUUCAAAGAACUGACAGGUCACCUGCCUCAUCACAUGGAUGGACAUCAGCAUGUACAUGUACUGCCAGAGGUGCGUGAGGUGUUUGCCCAGGUCCUGGCCGAGUACAGGAUCGUCUACACCCGCGUUCCAGUGGAGCCUGCUCUACAGAGCUGCACCUGGCUGCCAGCACACCUUCACAGCUUCUACGCCCAGGUGGAGAAGGACGCCCUGGACUCCAUCCCCGUCUUCAAGCGCUUUGGCAUCAGGUGGCCCGAAGUCUACCUGGGCCUGAGCACAAUGGGACAGCACAUGUCCGUGUGCAACCUGCAGCGGGCGCUGGGUCAUGUGACCUCCACCUGUGCCCGGCAGGUGGUCACGGCCGAACUGAUGGUGCACCCGGGAUACCCCAGUCAGCCCCAAGAGGGCGGCUGUGGCCAAGGACCCGAUGACUUCUCCCAGUCGGAGGAGCGGCGGCACGAACUCAACGUCCUCCUGGAUCCUUCUCUGAUGGCCUUCUUCCUGCACCAGCGUGUGCACAUCUGCACUUUUAAGGAUCUUUGAUACCCAAACGUCUGCAUAGAACCAAAGAGCGUGCAGCCGUAGGCGUGCACACCUUUUGUGCUAAAAUCAUCAUCGAGUAACAUUUGCUUCCGGGAAGCAGAAGAUCAGGACUGUCCCAUGCUGCGUUCAUAUUUGGAGAGAAAUGCUUCAAAUGACCAAAAUGAAGAUCUAAAUGACUCUGACUUCUUACUGUAUGUACAGUAAAAGCUGCAUCAUUUCCCCAUUGUGGGAGGAAUAGGAUUAAUAAACAUGUCGGCCCUCCAUGAA